AUGAGGCUCAUUAACCUUCUAGUGCACAACCCGACAUCGAUAUCAUUUCAUACAGGCUCCACAAUGGAACUCGCCGUCCUAUGCUCUUUGCUCUCGCUCCUUCUUCUCGGCCGCUAUACCUUUGUCUGGCUGGUAUACCACUGGGCCCAUCUCCACAGGAAAGGCAAACAGGUCCCACCAACGUUCCCAAACGUCCUACCACUGCUGGGCAGUGCUCUACCCUUUGCAUUUGAUUGUGUGAGUUUCAUCAAGAAGGCAACACAAUAUGCCGGUUCCCUGGUCCCCGUCAGGCUCUCUAUCCUCUCGGGCGAGAUCUUCCUAUUCCAGGGCCCCGAGACCGUAGCAGCUGUCUGGAAGCAGCCGCAGCUAGGCAGUCCAAUCUUCAUCUACACCUUCGCGCUCAAGCACGUCUUCGGCAUGCCCAAGCACGCCUUAGCGCCGUAUGAAGCGGACAGUUCUGGAUCCCACCGCAAGCCACAUCCCUCCAGCGACGUGGCGCCGCACAACCGCGUCGACUUCCUCACACACGUAGACCUAUUCAAGGCGUUUGGCGGGUCGGGGUUGACAGCGUUAUUCAUCCGCUGUGCCGACCUGCUGAGGCGCAAUUUGGCUGCCUUGCCCAUCUCGACCGACGAAUGGGUCGAGAUGCCCGACUUCUAUGCGUUUUUCCAGGACCAGCUCGGCGCUGCCGUGCUCGAGGGGCUGUACGGACCGACUUUGCCCGUGCUCAGCCCGGGCUUCCUCCGAGAUUUAUGGACAUUCGAUAGGGCUACGCCUAAGUUUGCGAAAUUGAUUCCGAGGUUUCUCAUUCCAGAGGCUUAUCAGGCCCGCGAGAGACUGCUGGAAUCGAUUCGUCGCUGGUACAAACAUGCGAGGGAGCAUUUUGAUGAGUCGCUCAUUGGGCCUGACGGUGACGCGGAUCCGUAUUGGGGAUCCCAACUGGUUCGGUCUCGACAGAAGGUCUUGCUGGAGAUAGAUAGCCAAGACGAUGAUACUAUUGCGGCUGCUGAUCUCGGGCUCAUCUGGGCAUCCGUAACCAACGUAGUCCCCUCCUCCAUGAUGUGUGCUCUGCACAUCUUCCGCUCCCCCUCGCUAAGCGACCGCCUCCGGGACAGUCUAAGCGACGCUGUCGACACCUCCACCUGGCACAUUGAAAUGGACAAGGUCCUCCGCAAGCCGCUCCUCUCGUCCGUCUAUGCCGAGACGCUGCGUUUGCACCUGCAGGCCUACGUCACGCGGUGUUCGCCGCACUGCGACGUUGGACUUGGGUCCUGGUGGUUACCGAAGAAUCGCGUGUGCAUGGUCAAUACCUAUGCCUCGCAUAUGGACGCCAGCUUCUGGAAUACGCGCGAUGGGGAGUUUCCUGUUGAAGAAUUUUGGGCAGAGCGGUUUUUGAUCGAUCCUAAGGAUGAGAGGAGUGGCCCUGUUAGGGGGAUGUGCCGAUACGAGCCUUUCUUUUCCGUUCAGGGGCUUGAGGGAGCCUGGAUCCCGUAUGGGGGUGGGUAUGCGGCUUGUCCUGGGAGACAUUUUGCCAAACGCAUUAUUUUCUACACCACUUCCCUUAUGUUGACUUGCUUUGAUAUACAGAUACUCAAUGAGCGGCUGGUCAUGGAUAACUCCAGCUUCGGCCUGGGGACGCAGAAGCCGAAGCAGCAGGUCCGCUUUCGUAUCCGGCGGCGGAAGGAAGGGUUAGUGGCAUGAUUCGGUAUUAUAAUACCUUUGUUUCACGGCCCGGACUGCUAUUAAGGGUGGUAACUAUGCAGUAUAUUUUCUCGAUCUUUUCCGGAGGUAAACGCAGAUUGGAAGUAUACUAGAUGUGACGGCGCAGACUGGCCAUCUGGCUCUUGACAGGGUGUCAGAUUAGAGACUUGUUAGAACUUGAUAGCCAACAACUAAUUUUCCGAUCCACCGGGUCAGCACAGGGCCUUAUUUCAGGUGCCCGUUCACCCAGACAAAUCCGUAGCUGUUCAGGGAGGCAGGUGGGGGCUGGCGGCAUCAAUGCGUGUACCUAAGGCUCUUUACAUAGAG